GACUUGCCGAUAGGAGCCGUAUAAAAUAAGUGUGUCCAUAUAAUGCUACAUCAUUGGAACUCCUCGCCUUGACCAUGUUCCUCAGUCAGCAUAUCGCGGUGUUUUUGCUCUGGCUUUGCUUCGCCAUUCUCAGCGUUCAUGGCAAUCCGUGGCGCUGGGGACCUGGCUCAAAUAGUGACCACCCUGCUGGUGGACCCGCCUGGAAUGGCGGAGAUCAAUCCACCGAUAAUAUAAUCAUACACAAGAAAGACAACGGCAACUGGCAUUACUGAUUUCAACCAAAUGAGGGAGGCGUGACCACGACCGAGACGAGAUGCUUUUUCCAGUGAAUGCUUAAAUCAUUUUUAAUUUAUUCCUGUUUUGAAACCGUUUUUCCCAGAACUUAACUCGGCGAAUACAACAAUACUCUCUUAAUUUCCAUAUUCAAAUAAAGGUAUGGUCAUAAAUAAAUACCUAUGAAGUUAUGACUUGAAAA